AUGGUUGUUAGACAAGAUCGGACUCGGUGGUCCGAGCACGAAGAACUCAAACGUCCCGUCUCCUCCGUAACGCAUCGACUGGCGCAAACCGUCGUCAUUCAACGGUUAAGCGACGCCAAUGAGGCCAUCAUGGCCGCACUCACAGAACUUGUGAUUGCCAAGGAGCUGCGAAUAUCAAAUGUUCGCUAUAAUACCCCCAAGCCUUAUUUCCUGGUGAUACUAGUAUUACCGCAUGACUUUAACCGUCGUGCCAUUUCUGCACAACUGGAAUUGCAAAUGCUUGCUGAAGAAGCCACCAAAGUAUACAUCAAUAUUGACAUUACUAGGUACAUCCGUGAUGUCGUUGUCGGUAUUCGAAAUCAUCCCAACAUUCAGGGCGGAUUAACGGCAAGAGCAUCCCAAGAUUUGGUGACUGUAACAAAGUAA